AUGAAGAUGUUCCUCCAUCGUUCUUUCCAGUGGCCUUCACCCCCUUCCUUCUUCUCCAAGCUUCGGCCGUCCUCCGGCCCAUCGCCUGAUUCCCAAGCGUCCCCUCAGAAACCCAAACGCUGGAGUCUCCCUGUGAUUCCCCUACCAUCUCUACCCAGCAUCCGCUCCCUGCUCCUGUACACAAAGAAAGAUGGCAGCUCAAACUCCAGGCCAGCGUCCGAGAUCAACGCGCAGCACUAUCAGAUCUGCGUCAACUUGGUCCACCACCUAAUAGACAUUUGUGUCCUGGGCUGCCUUUGGCUUUUUUCUCCUGUGUUUCGAGUGACUUUGGACGUUUUCGGGAUACAAGGCGCCAUCAAGCUGUGGAUCCACGGACUGGCGGUCUUCCUGACCACGGUUUACGGCAUGUAUCUCCUUCUCUGGCUGGCCCAAGAGUAUCUGUUCCAGCUGGCCUCUCUCUACGGCAUCCUGCAGACCUUGGUCUUGAUUGUAAGCCUCAAGGCCGAGAGGGAGGAGGAGAUGGCAAGAGAGGAAGCAGGGGAGGAAGAAGACGAAGAGGCGGCGGAACGACGAGAAGGAGACCAGAAGGAGCAGAUGGAGGACCGGUGGGCCGGAGGGAGUGACGACGAAGCAGCGGAUUCUGACGAUCAAUGGGUCAGCGACGGGGAGGAAGAAGAAGUUGUCACCACUGCGCUGAGGGAUCCUUGAAUGACGU